AUGGCCUCAACAGAUGACGGUUCGCGAGUCAUUUGCGAUGUUGUACGAUUCAAGCUUGAAUCAGAUGACGAAGUGAACACGCAAUUAUACGCUCAGGCCGUAGACUGGUUCUUUAAAAAUUCCGCGUCAUCCCAGCCGAUCCACAUCUCGCGGGGUUCAAGUGUGAAGCACAAGAAAUACUUCAAAAAAUUCGACAUCAUCAAAUUUUCAUAUGCCGACCUGUUUGUGUACAAUUUGAAGAUCAAGAGAGUUUCCUUCCAGGACGCUGGCAUCUACGCAUGUCAAAUUUCAGAUUUGGAGGGAAUGGGUAGGAAGGGUGGGGCCACGUUGACCGUCGUAAGCGUCAGCAACUGCAGCUCCCUUCUCAUUGGAACGUUUUUCAGGCAAGAAUGUCAGCUGCAGGAAACAGGCUUCACUUCUCUGACGACCGUUUGGAGUUGCCCGUUCAAAAAAUUUCAACAAAACAACAUUGUUGAAUAUGUUAAAAAGUUCGAUUCAACACUCUCAACGAAGAGAUGGUCUACUAUCUUGAGAGCCAGCUUAGAAGCGGAUUCCUAUAACCUAACAACUUGCAAACUCAUGAUAACUUCAGAAAACUUUUCAAAGUUGAAAAUCCCAGAUCUUAGCGAUGAGUCGCCUCUUUUUAACAUGACGGUCAUCUUUUCAGCGAACGAAACAGCAACCAAACAUGUUCAUCCCUCGUGUGACUUUGGCACGCUUCCAACACUUACUAAAUUCAUUUUCCAUUCUGAAAAUACCCGUGCAAAUGGUUUCAGUCCAAAACAAAGCAUUACACCGUAUUACUGCACAUUUAGCAAAGAUACUUUUGAAAAUAUUUUCCAUAAAGCAUUUUCCUGUGAAGAUUUUGCUAGUGCGAAAUGUAUAAAUAUGUUCCAAAAUGAAAUGAAUGGAUUUGCAGGUUUUAUAAAUGUUGACAAAACAAAAUUUAAAACUAUGUGUGACCAAUUCCCAGAAGCUCAUAAAUGUUUGAAAGAAAUCAUCAAAGUUUGUCCGUCCAGGAAGAAAUUAAGUGCUACCUUCAACAGUUACAAAUAUUUUUGCAGUAGUGAUUAUACGAAGCUGCACACAAAGCCACUGAACAAAUCCAUCUUUAAGAAAUGCUACACACUUUAUCCACAACAAAUUGUUUAUUUCAAUAAGACAGCAUCUCAGAACAGACAGGACAAACGCGAUAUAAACGUAUUAGAGCAAUCAUUCUGCAACCGAAUUGAAGAGGCAACAAAAAUAUUUUGCAUUGAACAUUUGUUGACUGCUGUCGGCAAUUCAGAACUUUCAAAAUGGUUCCUGGCGUAUAUUGAGCAGCAGCAGAAACUCUUCAACCUCUUCCCAAUACACGCCGUCAUCUCGGGUCAGUUGAGUUCAUUAUCCAGUUGUAACGACUUGAAAGAAAUCGACGGAGAAUAUGUGAAAGUUGUUUGCCCCACUGUCAGAAUGUGUUUUCCAUUUCUCUUACGCCUUCUCCAUUCUAUCAACUUCGGUUUCACAAUCAUAGAAAAUAUCAACGAGUUUGACUCUAUUGUGUGUUCGAAUAAUUUAGAGGAAAUUAAAUUAUGUUUCGGAUAUUUCAUCCUUUCUUGCAAUCCUGUCAUUCAAAACGUUAUCAAACCGUUGUUGAGUUUUUGGAAGCAGAUAUGUUAUGACUUGAAGAUGUCGUACAAACAGCAUUCGGUUCUCUAG